AUGGAUGAGAAUGGUGCUAUUAAUAGAUGUUGUGAACCUCAGAUUAAAUUGGCUGGUUCACAUCAAUAUAAAUUUCCUAUUCAAGAUGAGAAGUUGAGUUGCUAUGACGAUGCUGAGAAAAAUCUAAGAUGUAAACUAGCAUCUCUGUACAGAUUAGUAGAUUUCCAUAGAUGGACACACUCUAUUUACAAUCAUAUUACAGCAAGAGUAUCUGAAGAUGAUGAACAUUUCUUGAUAAAUCCAUUUGGUUUAUAUUAUUAUGAAAUAACGGGGUCUAGCCUAGUGAAGAUAGAUAUCAAUGGCGAUACAUUGGAUUCUGGUUCCACUGAUUAUGGUGUCAACAAAGCUGGUUGGACAUUGCAUUCUGCAGUACAUGCAGCAAGACCUGAUAUUCAUUGUGUCAUACAUUUACAUACACCCGCUGGGGCUGCGGUUUCUUGCAUGAAGUGUGGACUGUUGAGAUGUUGUCAGGAAUCUCUGAUUAUCGGUGAAGUGGCAUACCAUCCGUACAGUGGUAUAUUGGUAGAUGAGAAAGAAAGACAAUUAAUAGCUAAGAAUCUUGGAAAAUCAACAAAGAUUAUGAUUCUACAUAACCAUGGUCUAGUAGUAUGUGGAGAGACAGUGGAGGAGGCUUAUUAUCUUUUGGUUAAUCUAAUGGCUGCCAUGGAAACACAAGUGCGACUGAUGUCGUGUGGUGGUCUGGAUAAUAUGAUAUUAAUGGAUGAAGAUAUGGUGCAAAAAGUAAGAUCUGUUGCUGGAUUGGGCGGGGGUGGAGUCAGUAAAGAUUCAACUGAAUGGAAGUUUGGACAAUUAGAAUAUGAAGCGGCCAUGCGAAUGCUUGACAAUAUGGGAUUGAAAACUGGUUAUCCUUACAAGAAAGCUAUUAAAAGCAAGCAGUGAAUUUCUGUUACAAAUCUUGAUUUAUAACAACUACCCUCACAGUUUAAUGUAUGGGAACUCUCCUCAGUUUAAUUUAUUUUCGGGGGCAGAGCUACGUCACAAGACAUGCACCACUGUACCAUACAUUUCUAUGGUUUUGCGCGAGCUGAUUUGGAACGUCGGUUGAAGAGCCGGUGAAAAUAGCUAAAUUCGAGAAAACAGUUGAAAGUAAUCAAAGUAAACAACUAAAUUUAUAUAUGUUGCAC